UUACGCAAUUUGUGAGCAUUAAAUACGUAAAGUUUUGCAUUUAUAGCAUGGACAAAGUCCAACUAGCUAAGAUUUAAACACUUCAAUUAUGACUUCAACAGCCAGCAAGAAAAAGAAUUAUAAUGCCAAAUGACACCAUCAUUCCAGCACCAAAAGCCAUGCCUAUACAGUAUAUAUGAGUAUGAGUAACACAGCCGAAUCUAGGAUUUUAGUUCUACGGGUUCUACAUUUAAAAUUAUGCGUUCAUAUCUAUUAUUUAUUGAAAUUUUAGUAAUUUUUCACACAAAUUUAUGCUCCACAUCGAAAGUACUGAGUUCAGUUGAAUCCGUUAGUUUUAUGCUGCAUCCGCCCCUGAUAAGUAAUAUACACUGUAGUACAUAUAAUUUUUAUAUUAUUACCAAAAAAAAAAAAUUUAUUUCAUCAGAUUGUCUUGAUUUACUGUAACAGGUAAUAUAUCUUAUUUUCAAGAUUACUAAUUCUGUAUUUUAAGAAAGCUUAUAUGGAUCGUAGAUAUCUCUUGGAUAACCUGAUAUUAUAAAUAAUUAUUUUUUACAUUAGCAGCGUGUAUAACUUAAACUCUAUAUAUGUUCUGUUGUCUGUAGGCCAUUUUUAAUUUGCUCUUUUCCCUCAAAGGCGGCUACGAACUUAGAAAUGGGGAGCAAUUUGAUAAAAUAACUUCAAAUCUUUGUAUAUCCGAGUUGAACACAAGAUAGAGUUUCAUCAGUGAAGUUCAUAUAUAGCCAUGGAAGAUGCCUUAAAGCACAUCAAAAUUCAAGAAAAUUAUGACCAAGAAAACAAUAUUAUUGAAUCAUCAGUAUUAAUUCCUGGUUUGCCAGACCACUUAGCUCAUCUUUGUCUUUCCAAUCUUCACCCUUCACUUCUUUAUGGUGUUUGCAAAUCUUGGCGACGCCUUAUUUACACCUCAAUUUUUCCUCCUUUUUAUUGUCUUUAUGUUGUAUGCUCUCCACCUACUUCAUCUAGUAGUAGCAAUAAGCAAUAUGCAAAAAUCGAUGAUGAUCAAAAUUCUGUGGAGUUUUUCUGCUUAGAUCCAAUUUCAUCUAAAUGGAAACCUCUACCAAAUCCUCCUUCAGAUCCACCUAUUCGUGUACUUCGCCGUCAUCCUUCUUUUAUAUCUAGAAGUCUUUCGAUUCAAUCUUUAACCGUAUCUGAACGUAUGGUUCUUAUUGCUGCUACUACACACAAGUUUCUACCUGCACUUGAACGUCCAUUGGGAUUUAAUCCAUUGUCUAAUGAAUGGUUUUUUGGACCUCAAUUGCCUACGCCACGGCGAUGGUGUGGUACUAGUUCUGUAGAUGGCAAUGUGUAUGUAGCAAGUGGUAUUGGAUCUGUAUAUGAUGGAGAUGUAGCAAGGUCUCUAGAGAAAUGGGAUGUGAAGAAAAAGGCAAAUGAAUGGAAGUGGGAAAAAAUGGCAGGAUUAAAAGAUGGAAGAUUUAGUAGAGAAGCUGUUGAUGCUAUUGGCUAUAGAGGGAAACUAUGCAUGGUAAAUAUCAAGGGACAUGCAGUAAAACAAGGCGCGGUUUACGACAUAACAAAAGAUGAGUGGGAAGAGAUGCCAGUGGGAAUGCUAGCAGGAUGGAAUGGGCCAGCAGCAACAACAAUAAAUGAUGAAAGUGAGAUGUACGUAGUGGACGAGACAAAAGGAUCAUUGAGUAAAUAUAUAUCAGAAAUUGAUGAAUGGGAAGAGUUGAUUGAGUCUUGUGAUCAUUUGAAAGGUGCUGAGCAAAUUAGUGUUGGAAGAGGACGAGUUUGUGUCAUUUGUAGUGGUGGACGGCAGAUUGCGGUGGUGGAUGUUGCAGUAACGCCAGCUAAUGUAAUUCGAGUUGUGAAUACUCCGCAGGAGAUGGAGGCAAUUGCUUUGCAUAUAUUGCCAAGGAUCAAUAUUGUUUCAGACUGAUACAUAGUAAUAUUGAAUUAUCAAAAGAAACAAGAAACAAAUUUUACUGAUCUUGAAUUUACAAAUUGCGUCAAAGCCUCCUAUUUUCAUUUA